GUCAGGGGGACAUGCGGGAGCAGGUGGCGGGUAUCCUGGCGGCCAUCAAGCUGCAGAAGUGGGAGCCCGUCAUCUUCUUCUCCUUCGCGCGGCGGGACUGCGAGUCCUACGCAAAUGCGCUGCUGCAGCGGAAGGAGACCCCGCGGGAGCAGCAGUCCGACGCGCCGGAGACGUUUGACUUCAACUCGGCGCAGGAGAAGCUGCAGGUGGAGGAGAUCUACUCCAACGCGCUGACGUGUCUGAGCGAGGCCGACCGGCAGCUGAAGCCCAUCAGCCGCAUGCUGCCGCUGCUGCGGAGGGGCAUCGGGGUGCACCACUCGGGUCUGCUGCCCAUUUUGAAGGAGCUGAUUGAGAUCCUGUUCCAGGAGGGGCUUCUCAAGGUGCUGUUCACCACCGAGACGUUCGCCAUGGGCCUCAACAUGCCCGCCCGCUGCGUGGUGUUCACCGCCAUGCGCAAGUGGGACGGCUCGGAGAACAGAUGGGUCAGCUCGGGGGAGUACAUCCAGAUGUCGGGUCGUGCGGGUCGUCGCGGCAUGGACGACCGGGGCAUGGUGGUGAUGAUGCUGGACAGCCAGCUGGACGAGGAUACGUGCAGGGGGAUCAUGCAGGGCAAGCCCUCCCCGCUGCUCUCCUCCUUCAAGCUCACCUACUACACCAUGCUCAACAUGCUGCGCCGGCUGGAGGGCAGCGACACGGGCACCAUGGAGCACGUCAUCCGCAACUCCUUCCAGCAGUUCCAGCAGGAGAGCCAGAUGCCAAAGCUGGAGGCCGAGCUGAAGGAGCUGGAGGCCCAGAUGGCCGCCCUGGGUCGCGAGGGCGAGGAAGCCAUGGCCGCAUACGCCCGCCUGCGCGCCGACAUCGCCUCCGCCGCCGGCCAGCUGCAGGCGCUGCUCACACGGCCCGCGCACUGCCUGCCCUUCCUGCGCGCGGGGCGGCUGGUGCGGGUCAGCAGUGGCGGGGUGGACUGGGGCACCGGCGUGGUGGUGAGCGUCAGCAGGCGGCCGGACGCGCCGCCGCCGCCGCCGGCGGGGAGCGAGCAGGAGGACGACCGGGAGUCCUACCUAGUCGACUGCAUCCUCUCCCUGGACGCCUCCUCC